GCCGCCCAUCCCGGUGUUAGUCGCCCAGUGGGGGCAGACAAUCAUUGCUCCGAAUCCGUCCAAAGAUAUCACUAAAAAACUUUUCUCCUUGUCGCGGUUAUAAUUGGCCUCUCAUUGGCUUAAGGCUUCCCUUCCCUGGCCCUGCGAUCCUUGGGGCGCAACUUUACUGCCCCGAACUUGGCGCCGGAACCCGGGGGCGUGGCUCAAAAAGCAGCAAUGAAAGAGUGCGGGAGUUUGGACUCUUCUAAGCACCAGCAGGAGGAACGAUUCACAUUCGAAGAUUAUCAGAACACUGCAAAAUGGCUUCUGUCUCACACCAAGCACCGACCUCAAGUGGCAGUGAUCUGUGGUUCUGGGUUGGGAGGUCUGACUGACAGACUGACUGAGACUCAGAUCUUUAACUACAGUGAAAUACCGAACUUUCCCAGAAGUACAGUGCCAGGUCAUGCUGGUCGACUGGUGUUUGGGAUCUUGAAUGGAAGAGCCUGUGUGAUGAUGCAGGGCAGGUUCCACUUGUAUGAAGGCUACCCGCUCUGGAAGGUGACUUUCCCAGUAAGGGUUUUUCAGCUUCUGGGUGUGGACACCCUGGUGGUCACCAAUGCAGCUGGAGGACUGAACCCCAGGUUCGAGGUUGGAGAUAUCAUGCUGAUCCGCGAUCACAUUAACCUGCCCGGUUUCUGCGGUGAGAACCCUCUCAGAGGGCCUAAUGAUGAAAGGUUUGGAGUUCGUUUCCCUGCCAUGUCUGAUGCCUAUGACCGGGACAUGAGACAGAAGGCUCACAGUACCUGGAAAGAAAUGGGGGAGCAGAGGGAGUUACAGGAAGGCACAUACGUGAUGGUGGCAGGCCCCAGCUUUGAGACUGUGGCAGAGUGUCGUCUGUUGCAGAAGCUGGGAGCAGAUGCUGUUGGCAUGAGCACAGUACCAGAAGUUAUAGUCGCAAGGCACUGUGGACUUCGAGUCUUUGGCUUCUCUCUCAUCACUAACAAGGUCAUCUUGGAUUAUGAAUGCCAGAAGAAGGCCAAUCAUGAGGAAGUGCUAGAGGCUGGGAAACAAGCUGCACAGAAAUUGGAACAGUUUGUCUCCAUCCUUAUAGCUGGCAUUCCACCGCCUAAGGCCAGUUAACCAGCCCUAGAGUGGUCUGGCCUCUCCCUUAGGGGACCCAAGGAGGUGCUACCUACUUUGGCCUCUUACUGUGGUCACAGGCCUCUGCCCUUAGGUAGUGGCAAAAAGGAGAGGAAGAUUCCUAUUCAUCACUUUUCCUACUUCUCACACCAGACUUUUCUGAUGCUGGGUCCUCUUUUUCUCAAUUGUCACCUCAAAAAUGAUAUCUACCCCUAUUCCUCUUCAAGAACUGAAGCUCAAGCCUGACCACACAUCCCCAGAUAUGCCCAGGAUUUGACUUGGGGUCAUCGGACUACUGCCAGCUUUUUGAGAUGGUCCUCUCACAUUCCUGAGGACUCCAUUGUUCCCCCUCAAAGUACCGGAGACCACACAAGGAACAGCCCAUAGCUCCUUUUAGAAUUUUAUACUAUCAUAUUUUGAGAAUAAAGAAAGAAAUGAAAUCA